ACAUGGCUGCUCCUCCAGAUCUCAUCAUUGUCCUUCUGGGAAACGCAGGAGUCGGUAAAAGCGCUUCAGGAAACACAAUUUUAGGACAAGACAAGUUUGAGUCAAGACUGGACUUUAAAUCUGUGACAACUGAGAUCAGUACUGCGACAGGACAAGUGUUUGGGAAAACGAUCUCGGUGACUGAUACUCCAGGAAUAUUAGAUUCAGAGCAGGCAGUUAGGGCCUAUUGUGAGGGGCUUCGGUGCAGUGAAAUACCUCGCCUGUUCCUGGUGGUGGUUAAAAUUGAUCGAUUCACCCCUGAGCAGAGUAACGCAGUGGAUGCAGCGAUCAGAAUAAUUGGAGAUCAGGACCUGCAGAACAGUUACAUGCUCUUCACUAGGAGCGAUUUACUGAACAAGUCCCUGGAGGAGUUCAUCCAGAGUAACCCAGAAGGCCCGCUUGCUCUGUCAGCUGCAAGGUUUGCAGGGACUCAUGAGUUCAACAAUGUUAACGGUGAACGUGAGCAGGUCAGACAGCUCCUGCUGAAGUCAAGACACCUCAGACCUGAUCGUGAUUCGGUUGCAGAAAGGAGGCUCGUGCUGCUCGGUGUAGCUGGAGAUGGUAAAAGUUCCACAGGAAACACCAUCCUGGGAUCAGACACGUUCAGCAAAGGGUGUAACUUUAAUGCUGUAACAACAGAGUCGACCUCUGCAUCAGCUAGAGUGGAGGGUCGUCAGAUCACGGUGGUCGACACGCCAGGAUUCACUGCUGCUGUUCUUUCUCCUGAAAAGCUGUAUCAAGAGAUAGUGAAUGGGAUCACGAAGGCCAGUCCAGGUCCACAUGUCUUCAUCAUUGUGGUCAAAAUAGGCAGAGGUACUGAAGCCGGUAUCAAACUGUUUGAGGUGUUGCCCAAAUUGUUUGGGAAGGAUUCUCCACAAUUCACCAUGAUUGUAUUCACCCACGGAGAUGAGCUGAGAGGUCAGUCCCUCGAGGAGUUCAUUCAGACUGAGAGACGUUUGUCUGAUCUGGUCAAAAUGUGUAACUAUCGAUACUGUGUGUUUGACAACACGUCAAGAAACAAACAGCAGGUCAUAAACCUGCUGGGUAAGGUAGAGGAGAUGGUCACGCAUAAUCAUGGAAAACACUGUAAAGCUGAGAUGUUUUAUGAUGUUCAGUGUGUGACAGUGAAAAUCUCUGUUAAGUGGAAGGAAUUCUUGGAAUGGUUCAAACAGCUGUUGGAAUCGUUAGAUUCAAAAACACACUGUAUGAACUCCAGGGUGUAUAUAAGAUUUGUAUCAUAACAGUGAUGGAGAAGUUGCAGGCUCAAGACUCACACCCAUCUCAAAAAUGACACAAAUUACAUCAAUGCACAAUAAAUGUUUGUGAAUAUAUACAGUUGGUGAUGCCAGGGUUAUGGUCAGUGUCUGUCAUGUCUGAAAUCCAACUCUGAAAUGCUUUUAAAUCAUUUGAUUGAUGAAAGAAUAAAACGUGAUCUAGUAAAGAUACUUUCUGUGAAAGAGAGUUGAUGCUCUCAUAUUUGUAGAUGUUUUUGAAUCUCAUCUCAUCCUCCGUACCACCGUCUAACCAGCACGUCUCUGGAGGAGGGAGCAAACUCACACAGACACAGGGAGAACAUGCAAACUCCCCCCAGAAACUAGAACCCGGACCUUCUGUUCUGACUCUAUUUGUAAUCAUUUUUUUUUUACAGUUUUGAGUGGAUGAAUUCAUUGACCAGUUUUAAUUCAGAGGAUGUUGUGUUUUGUACUUGUUAGAUGUGUUUGUAACUCCAGUCAAUGUCCAGCUUUGUUAUUGCAAUGUGAAGUUAUUACACAGUCAUUUGAUGAUUUUAUAGCUACUAGGUAAGAUCCAUAACCUCUACUGUAUAACAUCAUGUAUGAAUGAUGACCUAUAUGUAACCUUUUGUUAUUUCUAAUAGCUGAUGAUUCACUGUGACUUCAGAUGUUCAUCUGUCUGUACCAUGUAACCACUAUUAGUUAUUGUUUGUCCAUAUUCUGAAUGGUCUGUCAUUGCAAAGUCAUGCUUUGUUAAAAAGGAUCAGACAAAAUAAAACUUCUGUUCCUUGUUCAGUAUUUAUGUUG